AUGAAAUCUAUUCUUUCAGUCAAUGCUGGGUCGUCCUCAGUGAAAAUCAACUUCUACACAUUUGAGAAUCCGCCGAGAAGCAUUGCGGAUGCGGAGAUCUCCGGGAUCACCGCGCCUCCACCCACGUUCAAAUACCAACAAGGCGAUAAAAAGCACAAAGAGCAGGUCGAUGAGAAACUUGGUACGCCUCAGGAAGCAUUCAAUUACCUAUUGAAGCGUUGUUUCGAAACUGCCGAGCUCUCCGAAAUUACCAGCGUCGACGACCUACAAUAUAUCUGUCACCGAAUCGUGCACGGAGGUGACUACCGCGAAGCAGUCGAGAUCAACGACGAGACUUACCACCAUUUGGAAUCAUUUGAAGACCUUGCACCACUGCACAAUUUUUCCGCACUGGAAAUAGUUCGGCAUUGCAGAACUGAGCUUCCCAAGGUCAAGAGCAUUACCUUCUUCGACUCCGCCUUCCACCACACGAUCCCAGAACCGGUGCGCACAUACGCGAUCAACCAAGAAGUCGCCAAGGCGAAUGGUCUACGCAAAUAUGGAUUCCAUGGAAUCAGCUACUCAUUUAUUCUACGAUCCGUGGCGCAAUUUUUGAACAAACCAGCUGAAAAGACAAACCUCAUUGUGAUGCAUAUUGGAAGUGGGGCUUCUAUCUGUGCCAUCAAAGAUGGACAAUCCAUCGAUACAUCAAUGGGACUCACUCCCUUGGCGGGAUUACCUGGUGCAACCCGCAGUGGAGAUAUCGAUCCAUCGUUGGUAUUCCACUAUACGAAUGAAGCGGGGAAACUCAGCCCAGCUAGCACGAAGGAAAUGCACAUCAGCACGGCUGAGGAAAUCCUGAACAAAAAAUCAGGAUGGAAAGCACUCACAGGGACAACUGAUUUCUCCGAGAUUGCAGUGCCGAACCCACCUACCAAGGCCCACAAGCUUGCAUUCGAUAUUUUUGUUGACCGCAUUCUCGGCUACAUCGGGAAUUACUAUCUCAAGCUCAAUGGACAGAUAGACGGUGUGGUGUUCUCUGGUGGGAUCGGCGAGAAGAGCGCCCUCCUGCGGAAGACGCUGGUCGACAAGUGCCAUUGUUUGGGACUGGGGCUUGAUGAUGCCGCUAAUGACAAGGGGCCCGGGGAUGGGGAGACGGUCAAAGAUCUUUCCCAGGGCUCCGGUAAGGGGCCCCGGGUUUUGGUUUGUCAGACCAACGAGCAGGUAUGUCUAAGAUCUUGA